UGUCGUGAAGGUUGGAAUCGGUCAAUUUAAAAAAGCUAUUCGAACACAAUCUAAAUAUUUGUACAAUUGUACCGGAGAAGCAGCAUGGCUUCGGGUGGAGAAUCCAAAAAUGAUGAUCUUUCCACUGCAAUUCUUAAGCAAAAGAACAGACCCAACAGGUUGAUCGUUGAUGAAUCAAUCAAUGAAGACAACAGUGUGGUGUCUCUCUCUCAGGCUAAGAUGGAUGAGCUGCAGCUCUUCAGAGGAGACACGGUGCUGUUGAAGGGGAAGAAGAGGAGGGAGACUGUCUGCAUCGUUCUCUCUGAUGACACCUGCUCAGAUGAGAAGGUUCGCAUGAACAGAGUGGUCCGUAACAACCUCAGGGUGCGUCUGGGAGACGUCAUAAGCAUCCAGCCGUGUCCAGACGUGAAGUAUGGGAAGCGCAUCCACGUUCUGCCCAUCGAUGACACUGUGGAGGGCAUCACUGGAAACCUGUUUGAAGUGUACCUCAAGCCCUACUUCCUGGAGGCCUACAGGCCCAUUCGCAAGGGUGACAUUUUCCUGGUGAGGGGGGGCAUGCGUGCCGUGGAGUUUAAGGUGGUGGAGACCGACCCCAGUCCUUACUGCAUCGUGGCCCCAGACACCGUCAUCCACUGUGAGGGCGAGCCAAUCAAACGCGAGGACGAGGAGGAGUCUCUGAACGAGGUGGGCUAUGACGAUAUCGGAGGCGUGAGAAAGCAGCUGGCUCAGAUCAAAGAGAUGGUGGAACUGCCCCUGCGUCACCCCGCCCUCUUCAAGGCCAUCGGCGUGAAGCCUCCUCGUGGCAUUCUGCUGUAUGGACCCCCCGGAACUGGAAAGACGCUGAUCGCCCGAGCCGUGGCCAACGAGACCGGAGCCUUCUUCUUCCUGAUCAACGGCCCUGAGAUCAUGAGUAAGCUGGCUGGAGAAUCGGAGAGUAACCUGCGUAAGGCCUUUGAGGAAGCUGAGAAAAACGCCCCUGCCAUCAUCUUCAUCGACGAGCUGGACGCCAUCGCCCCCAAGAGGGAGAAGACUCACGGUGAGGUAGAGAGGCGUAUUGUCUCUCAGCUGCUGACCCUGAUGGACGGACUCAAACAGAGAGCUCAUGUCAUCGUCAUGGCCGCCACAAACAGACCCAACAGCAUUGACCCUGCACUCAGGCGAUUCGGACGUUUUGAUCGGGAGGUGGACAUCGGUAUUCCUGACGCUACUGGCCGUCUGGAAAUCUUGCAGAUUCACACCAAGAACAUGAAGCUGGCAGAUGACGUGGACCUGGAGCAGGUUGCUAAUGAGACCCACGGCCACGUUGGUGCUGAUCUUGCUGCGCUGUGCUCUGAGGCCGCCCUGCAGGCCAUCCGAAAGAAGAUGGACCUAAUCGACCUGGAGGACGAGACCAUCGACGCAGAGGUCAUGAACUCUCUGGCCGUCACCAUGGACGAUUUCAGGUGGGCUUUGAGUCAGAGUAACCCGUCCGCCCUGCGUGAGACGGUGGUGGAGGUGCCCAACAUUACCUGGGAGGACAUUGGUGGUCUGGAUGAUGUGAAGAGGGAGCUGCAGGAGCUGGUGCAGUACCCAGUGGAACAUCCUGACAAAUUCCUGAAGUUUGGCAUGACCCCGUCUAAGGGCGUUCUGUUCUACGGUCCCCCGGGUUGCGGUAAAACUCUGUUGGCCAAAGCCAUUGCCAACGAGUGCCAGGCUAACUUCAUCUCCAUCAAGGGCCCGGAGCUCCUCACCAUGUGGUUCGGAGAGUCUGAGGCGAACGUUCGCGAGAUCUUUGACAAGGCCCGCCAAGCCGCCCCGUGCGUUCUGUUCUUCGACGAGUUGGACUCCAUCGCCAAGGCCCGUGGCGGGAGUGUGGGUGACGGGGGCGGAGCCGCCGACCGUGUCAUCAACCAGAUCCUGACCGAGAUGGACGGCAUGUCCAGCAAGAAGAACGUUUUCAUCAUCGGCGCCACCAACAGGCCGGACAUCAUCGACCCGGCCAUCCUGCGACCCGGCCGUCUGGACCAGCUCAUCUACAUCCCUCUGCCCGAUGAGAAAUCUCGCAUGGCCAUCCUGAAAGCCAACCUCAGGAAGUCGCCUAUCUCCAAAGACGUGGACCUGGACUUCUUGGCUAAGAUGACCAACGGAUUCUCUGGAGCUGACCUGACGGAGAUCUGUCAGAGGGCCUGUAAACUGGCCAUCCGCGAGUCCAUCGAGAACGAGAUCAGGAGAGAACGCGAGAGACAGACCAACCCUGCUGCCAUGGAGGUGGAGGAAGACGACCCCGUGCCUGAGAUCAGGAAGGACCACUUUGAGGAAGCUAUGCGUUUCGCCCGCCGCUCCGUCAGCGACAACGACAUCCGCAAAUACGAGAUGUUCGCACAGACGCUGCAGCAGAGCCGAGGAUUCGGCAGCUUCAGGUUCCCAUCCAGUAAUCAGGGUGGAGGAGGUCCAAGCCAGGGCUCUUCCGGCGGCAGUGGAGGAAACAUCUACAAUGAGGACAACGAUGACGACCUGUACGGAUAGACCCCGGAGACCAAGCUGGCCACUGCAGUCUCACAGGCCACCAUGUACAAUACAACCAACCAAGAUAAAAAUUCCACAUUUUUAGGACUCUGUGCUUCUUUAAUGUUUCUUUUUUAUUAUCCUCCUCUUCUUCCCUCUCAUCUCUCUCUCUCUCUCUCUCUCUCUCUCUCUCUCUCUCUCUCUCUCUCUCUCUCUCUCUCUCUCCCCCCUGUCCUCGGAGCAAAAGCAUGUAGCUGCCUGUAUUUUGCUGUGGUUUGUGAAAGGAUGACUAUUGCUAAUCUGUGAUAUUCUCGUGAUGUGGGUGAGGGUGUGUUUCAAUGACUUCAUACACAGUAGACUGGCUACAUACUUUUAACUUUUCACAGCCUCUGUGAGCAGCUUUACAGACGGGGGUCCCCACUAGCCUGUUGAAAGAUUUAAAAAAAAUAAAAAUAAAAAAAGAAACUUAAAAAAAAAAAAAACAACAAAAAAAACGAAUUGCUAUCAGUUUCAUUUUUUAUGAAUGUAGCAUAUAAUGUAAUACAGGUUUGAAAAAAUGUUAAAAUAAAAUUCACGAAAUGGAA